AUGUGCGAGAGGUUGUGUCCAGGGAUUGUUUAUGCACUUGUUUGGCGUCUGAGCUUUUUUUAUCAUCAAUAUUUUGAUCAGGGGAGUCGAGAAUGGCUUAUUGUUGGUGAAUUCUUCUGUGCCCCUGUGAGGCCACAUUCAGGCAGCCAUGUACGCUGGAACUGCAAUGUUGAAGGCUGUUGUGGUUGGCGCGUGGUCGAAAAGAAUGCGGGCGGGCUGAAGCGCGCACCAAUGGGCACACGGGGGCCGCUGCUUGGACUGGCUUGCCGUCUUUGCAGCGCAAAGUUUUUCCGCCUGGUGAAUGUUGAGGAAGUGUGA